GGAGGGUGGGUUUUUGCAGUAAGAAAGCAAGCCAAGGGUUUUGGACUAAACCCUGUAUAGCGAGUAAGCCUCUCCGAUUAAUUUCAUUUCUCAAAGCCAUCGAUCCUUGGAAAUUGGAAGAUGGCAUUCGCUUCAUCAAUUCGACGCCUUCUCUCAGCUUCAGCUUCUCCUUCUCCUACUCUUCGAUCACAGAUCUUUUCUUCUCGUCUCUAUUCCACUCUCACUUCUCCAAAGCUUUUUGUUAGUGGCCUAUCUAGACUAACAACAGAUGAGAAGCUUAAAGAGGCGUUUUCUCCCUUUGGACAGAUUGUUGAAGCAAAAGUAGCAGUGGACAGGGUCUCUAGAAGAUCAAAGGGAUUCGGUUUUGUCACAUAUACAACAAUAGAAGAAGCAGAGAAGGCCAGGGAGGGGAUGAAUGCCAAAUUUUUGGAUGGAUGGGUAAUUUUUGUUGACCCCGCCAAACCAAGGGAGCAGAGACCUCCACCAGCACCAGAACCUUCUGAAACUGGUUUCAAAAUCAACAAGACCGUUGGAUGGUGUGGGUGAUUAUAAAGGAAGUUUUGAUUCCGUUGUAGCAGAAGUGUAGAGCUACUACAUAUGGGAUUCAUGAAGAAUACAGUAUUAAUUUCCCUUCCUUACAUUAAAAUUCUAGUUUUCCCAAUGUUCAUCGCUGACUAUGUUUAUGUGACUUUGGGCAUUAUGUGGACUGUGGACCGAUGGUCUAGACAAGCAAACAACGUUAGGGAUUUGUUCUGGAGAAAUUUCUGCAGACCGAAUUUAUGCGGAUUUAAUAUAUUAAUAUAUGGAGUUUUAAAAUUA